AGUCGUAUCUUCUUUUUUUUUUUGACACGGUAAUAUCGCAAAGGAAAUGAGGAUAUUUUAAUAGCCAUUUUUUUCCCCUCCUGACAAAAGUAGAAAGUAAUAUUUUUUUUUAAUUUGUGUACAAAGUAUCGAGCACAGAGUGAGAAUGUCGGGCAGAACGGUUCGAGCAGAGACGCGCAGCAGAGCGAAAGAUGAUUUUAAAAAAGUUAUGGCUGCAAUUGACAAAGUCCGGAGAUGGGAGAAGCGCUGGGUGACAGUAGGAGAAACUUCUCUUCGAAUCUUCAAGUGGGUCCCUAUCAUAGACCCCAGGGAUGAGGAGAAGUCCAGAGUGCUUGACGGUCCAAUGGAGAGACAGACUGAGAGAGAGAAGAGACCCAGAGGGGCGGGGCUUAAGCACAACCCUGCCCUCCUUAUGAUGGAUCUCAAUGAUGAGAACAGCAAUCAGAGCUCGUUUUCGGAGGCCUCUCCAGCGAAGGGGGACAGCAGUGGCAGCCCCAGCCCUUCCCCCGAGAGGAGCCGAGCCCCCUCCCCGAAUACUGCGCCCCCCGUGGGCAGAGCAGAGGAACCGCAACCCCCUACUCUGGGACAGGAGCCCCCGCCAACCAGCCCCCUGCAGGACUCGUCUCUUCUCUCCGAACAUUCCCAGGACCCUCCUCUGCUGUUUAAAGAAGAUUCGCUCCCUGAGACUCCAGCACACAAGGACUCCAGUGUGGGUUUGGAGCCCCCUGCUGGUGACAGCAGCAACAGCAGCAGCAGCAGCAGCAGCAGCAAUAGCAGCAGCAGAGUGUCUCAGGACCCCAGUGAAGACCAUUCCUGUCCGGCACCCCCCCUCAAACGCUUCUGCACCGAGGAGAACCAGAGCUAGCAGUACUGCUCUCUCGCCCUUCCCUUUCCCCUCCCCCCUCCCUCUCUCCUCUCCCUCAGUCUGUUUUUGAAAAUGUUUUAUUUGACUUUGCAAGGAUAAAAAAAUGAAAAAUAAAAUAUAAAUCCCAAUUCACCCACUGACUCGCUAUGUGUGAGCCUGAGCAAGUCACUUCACCUCCUUGUACUCUGUCCUUAGGAUGAGAUGUAAAACAAACGAGGUCCUAUUGGAAGUAACUCUGCAGCAGCAGCAGCAGCAGUUGUUGAUGCAUAGUUCACCCCCUUUGGAUAAAAGCGUCUGCUCAAUGACUAAUUCAUAAUAAUAAAAUAAUAAUGAUGACAGGAGCUGGGGUUCUUUAUAAAGUUUAGCCCCCUCUACGGGAUCCUCCAUCUCCCUCUCUCCCCUUCCAACAAGUCUCACUACAGCUUUGGGUUGCCCUCUACUGGACACAACAGAGUAUUGCACCUCUCUUUUCCACCUCAAUCACUUUUAAAUAAAAAUGCAAUUGUUUUGUGGUAUUAUUUGUGUAUAAUUUUGAAUAUAAACUACAGCUCCCAGCAUGCCCUGCACCAGCCGUGCUUGCUUGGGGUGUUGGGGGCUGUAGUUUAUUUUUAAAGUAAGCAGGUGGCUGGACAAAAGCAGUUUUGCACCCCCCCGCCUCCCCUGCACCAUAUAUCUGUAAGCAUCUCUAGAGAAGCUCUUAUCCGACUGUGAUGAAACUUUGCUAAAGACAUUCUUCAGCACAAGUUAGCGUGCAUAUCAGACUCUGUCUGUGCGUCCUUCCCUAAAGACUUUUACAUCUAGAGAAGAUCUGAUCCGAUUGCGAUGAAACUUGCUCAGGACCACCUUUGACAGAAGUUUCUGAGAUAAUAACGUAAUCUGGACUUUUCAGUGUGAUGAGAAUGAGCGGGAGGGAGAUUGAGAAUAAAAUGGUUUGGACUUGACUUUGUUUUUGUCCCCAGUGCUCCUGGAAGUAUGAUUAUUUUUUAACAGUAUUAUAUUACAUAUUUUUGUAUUGUGCUUUAGUAUUAUGAUGAUGAUGGUUUUGUAUUUUUUGUAUGCAAUACGUGUAUAGCUAUGCAAAAAAUAAAAAUAAAAAAGAAGUGUC